ACAACCCUGACUUUCAGUAAGCGACAGCAGCUCAGGAAGCUGAGGGGCCCACACAGGAAGGAGCUGGGUGGGACUUUCCUCCUGCCACUGCCUGACUCCAGAGUCUACGAGGGUGAGGGUCGUCACCUGCCAGGCAGGCUGCAUUCAUGGCACCUCCAAGCGAGGAGACACCCCUGAUCUCUCAGCGCUCCUGCAGCCUCUCGUCCUCAGAGGCUGGUGCCCUGCAUGUGCUACUCCCUCCUAGAGGUCCAGGCCCCCCUCAGCGACUCUCCUUCUCUUUUGGGGACCACUCGGCUGAGGAGUUGUGUGUGCGGGCUGCCAAGGCCAGCGGAAUCUUGCCCGUGUACCAUUCUCUCUUUGCCCUGGCCACCGAGGACCUCUCCUGCUGGUUCCCCCCAAGUCACGUGUUCUCUGUGGAGGAUGCAGGCACCCAAGUCUUGGUCUACAGGCUUCGCUUUUACUUCCCCAACUGGUUUGGGCUGGAAAAAUGCCACCGCUUUGGGCUACGCAAGGACUUGGCCAGUGCCAUCCUUGACCUGCCAGUCCUGGAGCACCUCUUCGCACAGCAUCGCAGCGACUUGGUGAGUGGGCACCUCCCUGUGGGGCUCAGCCUCAAGGAGCAAGGCGAGUGCCUCAGCUUGGCUGUGCUAGACCUGACGCGAAUGGCCAAGGAGCAGGCCCACCGGCCAGAAAAGCUGCUGAAGAAAGUCAGCUACAAGACCUGCCUGCCACCUGGCCUGCGCGAUCUGAUCCAAGGCCUGAGCUUCGUGACGCGGAAGCGCAUCCGGAGGACGGUACUUCUCGCCCUGCGCCGUGUGGCUGCCUGUCAAGCCGACCGGCAAUCGCUCAUGGCCAAGUACAUCAUGGACCUGCAGCGGCUGGACCCAGCCAGGGCCACCGAGACCUUCCGCGUCGGCCUCCCAGGGGCCUCCGGUGGCCAGGGCCAGGACCCGAAGGGGCUGCUCAGUGUGGCUGGAGACAGCGGCAUCGCCUGGAGCCCUGGAGACCACGAGGCCCUCCAGCCCUUCUGCGACUUUCCGGAAAUUGUAGACAUCAGCAUCAAGCAGGCCCUGCGCGUGGGCCCGGCGGGGGAGCACCGUCUAGUCACCAUCACCAGGACGGACAACCAGAUCCUGGAGGCCGAGUUCCCGGGGCUGCCCGAGGCGCUGUCGUUUGUGGCGCUCGUUGACGGCUACUUCCGGCUGACCACCGACUCCCGACACUUCUUCUGCAAGGAGGUGGCGCCCCCGCGGCUGCUGGAGGAGGCAGCCGAGCAGUGCCACGGCCCCAUCACACUGGAUUUUGCCACUGACAAGCUCAAGAUGGGGGGCUCCCUCCCUGGCUCCUAUAUUCUCCGCCGCAGCCCCCAAGACUUUGACAGCUUCCUCCUCACCGUCUGCGUCCAGACACCCCUCGGUCCCGAUUACAAGGGCUGCCUCAUCCGGCGAGACCCCACUGGAACCUUCUCCCUGGCUGGCCUUGGCCGGUCCCACAGCAGCCUUCGAGAGCUCGUGGCAGCCUGUAGGGAUGGUGGGCUGAAUGUAGACGGGGUUGCGCUGAACCUUACCUCCUGCUGCCCUCCCAGACCCAAAGAAAAGUCCAACCUGAUUGUGGUCCGAGGAGGCUGCAGCCAGCCCACGUCAUCCUCCAUUCAACCCCAAUUCCAAUGCCAGCUGAGCCAGAUGACAUUUCACAAGAUCCCCUCUGACAGCCUGGAGUGGCAUGAGAAUCUGGGCCAUGGGUCCUUCACCAAGAUUUACCGGGGUCAUCGCCACGAGACUGUGGAUGGGGAGGUCUGGGAGACUGAGGUGCUGCUCAAGGUGAUGGAUGCCAAGCAUAAGAACUGCAUGGAGUCAUUUCUGGAAGCAGCAAGCUUGAUGAGCCAGGUGUCAUAUCAGCAUCUCGUGUUGCUUCACGGUGUUUGCAUGGCUGGAGACAGCAUCAUGGUGCAAGAAUUUGUGCUUCUGGGGGCACUAGACACAUACCUGCGAAAGCGUGGCCACCUGGUACCAGCCAGCUGGAAGCUGCAAGUGGUCAAGCAGCUGGCCUAUGCACUCAACUACCUGGAGGACAAAGGCCUCCCCCAUGGCAAUGUCUCAGCACGGAAGGUGCUACUCGCUCGGGAGGGGGCUGAAGGAAGCCCGCCCUUCAUCAAGCUGAGUGACCCUGGGGUCAGCCCCACAGUGCUAAGUCUGGAGAUGCUCACUGACAGGAUCCCCUGGGUGGCCCCCGAGUGUCUCCAGGAGGCCCGGAUGCUCGGCUUGGAGGCAGACAAGUGGGGCUUUGGUGCCACAGUCUGGGAGGUGUUCAGCGGGGUCCCCAUGCCCAUCAGCGCCCUGGAUCCUGCCAAGAAACUCCAGUUCUAUGAGGACCAACAGCAGCUGCCAGCCCCGAAGUGGAUGGAGCUGGCCCUGCUGAUCCAGCAGUGCAUGGCCUAUGAGCCCAAACACAGGCCCUCCUUCCGCGCCGUCAUCCGAGACCUCAACAGCCUAAUCACUUCAGAUUACGAGCUCCUCUCAGACCCCACACCUGGUGCCCUGGCGCCCCGCGACGGACUGUGGAAUGGUGUCCAGCUGUACGCCUGCCAGGACCCCACGAUCUUCGAGGAGAGACAUCUCAAGUACAUCUCGCAGCUGGGCAAGGGCAACUUUGGCAGUGUUGAGCUGUGCCGCUACGACCCACUGGGCGACAACACAGGCGCCCUGGUGGCCGUGAAGCAGCUGCAGCACAGCGGGCCAGACCAGCAGAGGGACUUCCAGAGGGAAAUCCAGAUCCUUAAAGCACUUCAUAGUGACUUCAUCGUCAAGUACCGCGGUGUCAGCUAUGGCCCCGGCCGCCAGAGCCUACGCCUGGUCAUGGAGUACCUGCCCAGUGGCUGCCUGCGCGACUACCUGCAGAGGUACCGCGCCCGCCUCGACGCCGGCCGCCUGCUCCUGUAUGCCUCCCAGAUUUGCAAGGGCAUGGAGUACCUAGGGUCCCGCCGCUGCGUGCACCGCGACCUGGCCGCCCGAAAUAUCCUAGUGGAGAGCGAAGCCCAUGUCAAGAUCGCUGACUUCGGCCUCGCCAAGCUGCUGCCGCUGGACAAGGACUAUUACGUGGUCCGCGAGCCAGGCCAGAGCCCUAUCUUCUGGUAUGCCCCGGAGUCCCUCUCGGACAAUGUCUUCUCCCGCCAAUCUGACGUCUGGAGCUUCGGGGUAGUCCUGUACGAGCUCUUCACCUACUGCGACCGGAGCUGCAGCCCUUCCGCCGAGUUCCUUCGGAUGAUGGGGUGUGAGCGAGAGGCCCCCGUCCUCUGCUGCCUCCUGGAGCUGCUAGCGGAAGGCCAAAGGCUGCCGGCGCCCACCGGCUGCCCAGCCGAGGUUCACGAGCUCAUGAAACUGUGCUGGGCCCCCAGCCCAAAGGACCGGCCAUCCUUCAGCACCCUGGGCCCCCAGCUGGACUCGCUGUGGAGUGCAAGCAGGGGGUAGUGACCAGGGGCAUGAGAUCUCGGCUUCCUGGCUUGUACCAAGGGCGAACCCCACGCCCUGUUCUUUUUAGAUCUCCUAUACACACAUCUCUGGGGUCCAGUCUACACUGCCUGGCUUUGUGACUUAGGGCAGGGAGCAACCCUCUCUGAACCUUAAAGGCUUCAUGAAUGGCCCUUGCUUCACAGAGACCCCCAUAGAGCAAAUGACACUGCAUUUUGGAGAUGCCCCCACACUGAGGAGCAACGGGGGCCUUACGACCUUUGGAACUUGUAAAGAUUCAAGACAGAUCGUUGGCGGGGCCUCCCAAGCCCACUCAGCACAGAAGCGAUGAUCCAAAUUUAAGCCCCUCCUGUCUUCCAGUCCCCAACAACCUGCCUCUAAGUUUCCGGUCUCAUUUCUAAUGGGGAUAUUAAAGCAGCUUUAAACACGUGACUCCAGGCUUCUGCUCCCCCAUCUCCUAUUUGGGGCAGGAAGCCAAGAAAAGCACCUUACUUAGUUGGGAAUUUGCUUUUUCAGGGGCCCGUAUGUCUGUCUGGGUCGGUGUAAGGGGGCAAGGAGGCUGGGGCCCAAGUGUGUUGCUGACUGCACCUGAGGGACCCGGGCUUCUGUCCCCCCGCCACCACCCCAUGCAGCCCUUUUUGUCUUGACCCUCAGGGCCACAGGGACACCUGGUGAGAGCAUUUCAGGCAGCUAAGGGAGAGAAGGGCAUUUCCAGCAGAGGAAACUGCAUGUCAAGAGUGAGCACUGAGAGUACAGAGGUUAAGCACUCAGGCGAUAGAGCCCACUGUUCUGCCACUCAUACGUUGUGCAACUGUAGGAAAGUUGCUUCUCCUCUCUGGGCCUCAUUUCCACCUCCUGAAAAAUGGGAGAACAACAUGCUGCCUGCCCGCCCCUCCCCCCCCAGCUGUGCAGAACCUACCACCUGAGGCUUUUGAGGUGUUUUGUGCAGGACCAGGUUAAGUCUCCACUGCUCCUCCUCACCUGCCUGCAAGGCCUUUCUGUGACUUUGGUCUACCCAGAAAACUCUUAUUCAUUCUUCAAAACCCCAGUGAUCACCUCCAUGCAGUCUUCCUUGGUCUCUUAAACUCCUCCAGCCCAGCCCUGAUACUAGCUCUUUGUCUAUGUCCAGCUCUUUCUCCUUCAGCCUGCAGGCUCCCUGAGGGCAGGGUGGGCACAGAGGGGGUGCUGGGAGUGUUCGUUGAAUGAAUAA